ACCUUAUACGGUGAUAAACUCAAGGUCAACCCUCUUUUAUAACCUUCUCAAAAGUUGAAGGCUGUGGAAAACUGAGUCUCGAUCUCAAGCUUGUAUCUUUGUCUUAACUCGAGCAAGUCAUCUAACACAACAGUCACCAUGGCUAUGUCAGGCGUUGAGGUCGAUCCUGAAAUAAAUACUUUGUUCAAUGACAUUAAAACAAGGAAAACAAACAAGUGGGCCACCUUCAAGAUUGAAAAUAAGAAGAAGAUCACUGUAGCCGAAGUAGGUGAAAAGUGCACAACUGACAACAAAGACGAUGACAAGGUCCAGUUCGAUAUAAUGAAAGCCGCGCUAGGCAAGGAACCUCAAUACAUCUUGUACGACUUUGGCUUCACACUUAAGGAUGGAAGGAAAAUAAAUAAAUUGGCAUUUAUUUUCUGGUGUGAUGAUAACAAUGCCAAGAUUGGGGACAAAAUGAUUUAUGCUUCUUCAAAAGACUCCAUCAAGAAAGCUUUCGUGGGUAUUGGCCUUGAGUUCCAGGCCAACGAUUCCGGGGAAAUGGAUUAUACCACCUUUUCCGAUGAAGUUGAAAGGAAAGCAUAAACCAAUUAUAGCCAGGCACCUAGUAAAGACGAUGUUAGUGUUGUGUCUGUAGUGAGGUAUACUCAUAGUUGCUCAAGUUCUUUAGUUUGUGUGAUUUUGUUUUUAUGUAUAAUUCUGCAUGCUGUGUAAUAUAUUAUAUUAUACUAUUUUGUAAGUCA